AUGACACUCCCAGCAGUUCAAAGAGCAGUGGUUGUUGAAGAGAUAGGGGGACCCGAGGUCCUGCAAUAUCGCGAGGACUAUGCCAUCCCUACACCGAUCAAAGGGCAGGUUCUGGUAAAGAAUAACAUUGCUGGGAUCAACUACAUCGACACUUACUUUCGUGUGGGACUCUACGCCUCCCCCAAGCCUGAGGUGCUCGGCCGUGAGGCAGCUGGCACAGUUGUCGCUUUCGGCCCGAAUACCGACACGCAUGGUCUCGCCAUCGGCGAUAGGGUCAUCUGGCUAGGCACCGGUGGCUAUGCUGAGUACUCUGCAGUAUCGGUCGCAAAGACGAUCAAGUUACCUGCUGGUAUCUCCGACGAAGAUGCGACAGCUUCGUUCCUCAGCGGAUUGACAUGUCUUGCAUUCACGCACGAGACAUACGAAGUAAAGGCUGGCGACUGGGUACUACUUCACGCUGCUGCCGGUGGUGUGGGAUACUUGAUGACCCAGGUCCUCAAGAAAGUCGGAGCCAAAGUCAUUGGCACCGCUGGCGGCCCUGAGAAAGUUGCGCUUGUGAAAAGCCUUGGUGCGGAUCAUGUUAUUGAUUAUCGCAGUCCAGAGGGAAAGGAUUGGCCCGCGAUUGUCAAUCAAAUUACCCAUGGCAGAGGAGUCGAUGCGGUUUUUGACUCCGUUGGCAAGGAUACAUGGGAGGGAAGUCUGCAGGUAGUGAAGAGAAAGGGCUCCGUUAUUUGGUUUGGAAAUGCAAGUGGUCCUGUUCCACCACUGCCUCUUGCGCGUCUCUCGCCGAAAUGCAUCAAAGUUGCCCGGCCAACUUUGCUCGGAUAUCUCAACACGCGGGAGGAGUUUGAGUUUUACGCUCAGAAGCUGUUUGAUUUGAUUCUCAAGGAUGACCUCAAAAUCAAUGUUCACGGAAUUUAUCCACUACAUGCAGUAAAGCAAGCCCAUGAGGUAGGACCCAAUUUUGCGCACCAAGAUUUAUCCUUCAAUCUGGCUGGAUCUCCAGGCUAA